GAUUCGUAGAAAGCCAAGUGCGGUGACUGGCGACUUGUUACGACUAGUUUCCCCAAGAGCUUUAUACCAUUCGUUAGUGUACGACUAUUAUGAAGGAUUACGUUAUAAUUAAGUAUCGGUGAUUUAUUAAAAUUCAAUUACGAUAUGGGUGAGAGUGAGAGGCAGGUGAAAUUUUAUGGAAAAUGUUUAAGUAUUACUACUAGUGGAAGAUUUGAUCAAUCACAAUGUAGAAUAAGAACCCCAACAAAUGAGAAUCAUAUGCAGUCAAUACCAAGAAAUAUGGAUUUUCUUCACUACUUACCUAAAAAGAAAUUGUAUGGUUUUGAGCCAUAUAUACCACCUCAUCGCAGAUGUCAAACUUUUGAUGAAAAUAACAUAGUAAAGUUCAAGCAGACUAUUGUUAACAAUCCAUCAAUACCAAGAAAUUGUUAUAGUAAUUUAGAAUUGACUAAUAGCAGUCUAUGUACAGGUACAAAGUCAGAAUGCUCUGCCUUUUACUAUAACAAAAACUUUUCACAUGAACCGAGUAGUAAUGAAAAUAUUGAUAUAAAAGAGAGCCAUGGUUUAAAUGACAAAUUUUAUGAUUACAAGAAUAAUUCUUCAUUAGUUUCAAUUAGUAAUGAUAUUUUAACAGAGAGAGUUUUAAAACUCAUCGAUUUCCAUCUGAAUACUGGGUUAAAAGAAAUUUUUAAAAGUUUGUACCAACAAACUUAUGGUGAAACUUUGCCAUCAGAUUUACUUAAUAGUUGGACAUUCAGUGUUGUGUUAAAAGAAAAUACACAAAGCUCAGUAAUAAAUAGAAAGGUUUCAGAUUCAAGCAAACAAAUGGAAUUGCCAAUGAUAAAAUCAGUUCUUCUGGAACUCAACACAUUAGGUAAUGAAUUUUGGGUCAACAUACAUUAUUGCAAAAAUGUUUCAGAGGUAUGGGGAGUUAUAAUGGAUGAAAACCACCUUGGAAAAGUAGUAGAGCUUGCAACUCAAAUGAAAUCGUUUUAUGAAUGUUCAAAAACCUCUAAUAACAGAAUAAUCCAAAAUGCAUAUUAUGCUAUAAAGGAUAAAUCAUGGCAUAGGGUAAAGUGUCUUCAAUGCAAUGAUUCCACUGCUACUGUGUUUUUUAUUGACAGUGGAGAGAAGGAUGAUGUUGCUUUAAACAAAUUACACCAACUCAGUUCUCAAUUUUGCAUACUACCUGCUCAGGCUGUAAAAAUGGUUUUAACUGGCUUGGAAAUCUUUACAGAUUUUGACGAAUUACAAUUAAUUUUGAAUGCUGAACUGUAUAAUAAAAUUAUGUAUGUAAAAGUUACUUCAGUUACUGUAGAUUAUUUAUCAGUUCAACUAUACUUUACUAAUGACAAUAAUGAAAUGAUCAAUGUUAAUGAACUGAUUAUGUGUCAAAUGUUGGAAAAAAUGUUGAAUCCCAAGCUAUACAUUCAAAGAAACAAUAUUGUACCUGCACAUGUUUCUCAUUUAAAAAAUAGAAUUUAUAUACAGUUAGAUAUACCAAGCUUUAGAUAUUUCAAUUUAUUAAUGGAAAAGGCAAUAAAAGAACUAAAUGACAAUGAACAUUAUGUACAUCAAAAAGUAAAGUAUGACAUAAAUCAAAUUUAUUUUGUAAAAUUUAACAAAGAUAAAAGAUGGUAUCGCGGAAAAAUAAUGAAGUUUAUAGAUGAUAAUGAGGUUAAAAUAUUUUUGAUUGAUGUUGGAUCACUAAAUGAGGUGAACAAAAACAAUAUUAUUUCAUUGGAAAAAGUUUGCAAUAUUUUGGCAAAUUAUCCACCUCAAGCUAUUGAAGUUCAGUUGGACCAAAUUCCUAUUUUAGAUCCUAAGAUAUUAUCAACUCUUCAGAAAGUAAUUUCUAGAAAUAAAAUUCAUGUGAAGUUUGUCACUACAGCAGAUAGCAAUGACAUCUCUAGAGUUCAGUUGUUAAAGAAGACUGAAAGUAAUUUUUUUAUUUCAAUUAAUGAUGCUUUGUUGUUUCUGAAUAAAGAAAUAUCAAGUAAACAUGAUGAUAAUGAGCUGGCUAAGUCUAACCAUUCAAUUAGCACAUCAAGUGACAAAGAUUUCAGUACUUCAUUAGUGCAAUCAUUGAAGUCAUUUAAAAUUUCUAAUACAGAAGCAAGUAAAAAAGAGCUGGAAUUGAAAAUAAACAAGGAAAAAAUAUCAAGGAUUCGUAAAAUACACAAUAAUCAAGAAAGAGGAGUGUGCAUGGCCAUGUGUUUGAGCUCAGUUAUUGAAGCACCACAGGUUCCCCAAGGCUACUUUGAUGUGCAUGUUUUUAUGUCUAGUGAUCCAUCCCAUUUUGUUGUACAACUCCUUCGUAACAAAAAUUUACACUUUAAUAAGAUGAUAUACAAAAUGUCUGAAACUUGUAGAGUUUAUCAAGGACCAACAUUAACUUACGAUUCAAUCAAAGUUGGUCAGCUUUAUGCUUGUAAAUCAUUAGAAAACAAUAAUCGUGAUUGGUGUCGGGCUUAUGUAACUGAAGUAAGAGACAAACAAACUGCCUCAGUAUAUUGCUGCGAUUAUGGGUCAUACAAAAAUGUUGAUAUUAGUAAUAUGGUGCCUUUGGAACAUGAAUAUUAUAGAUUACCUUACCAAGCGAUUUGGGCUGAAUUGAAUGGUGUGAAACCAACUUCCAAAGAAUGGACAGUCAUGGCUUGUUUGAAGUUUCAAGAGUUAACACAGUCGAAAAAUUUUGUCAGUCGAGUAGUUAGCCAACGGAAUUUCAAAUCAAAGUCUCUAGAAAAUCCCGUAAAAACUCCAAUAACCAAGGAAGUCAUUUAUAGCCUUGAACUUAUUGAUACAAGUUCAAGUGAUGAAGAUAUUGAUAUAGCUGAUUUACUAGUUAAAUAUGAUAUAGCUGAAAGAUGUUAAGAACAUCAACAGUAUUUCUGUUUUUUUGGCAGAAUGAAUUUUUUGCUAACGAUAAUAUUCGAAAUCACAGUUUAUAACGAUGUUAAUAUGCAUAUAUAUUUUAUGUUAGUUUGGGAUACAUUUUUAAUAACAUGUAGUUACUCUAGAAAAAAGACGUAAUUUUGAAAUACGAUUUCGAGACAACGAAUGAAUCGUCUUUUUAAUUUUCAUAUUUAUGUAAUAGUUAGUUAUUAUUUGUUUAAUUUUAUACAUUUUACUAUGGUUUGAAACUAUUUGAUGGUCAUAAAGUAUAA